AUGGAUUUUCAUGCUCCAGAAGUUAGUCCGCAAACUAACUCCAUUUAUGGAUUAACAGCCUUAAUUAUUAUCACAAUAACAUAUUUUCUUUGGAAAUUCUUCCGUUCUCGGUCUGAAAACUCACGAAUUGAUAGUGAAUCACGUCGUUUAGCUGUGGAAGCUGCAAGAGCAAGAUUUCAGGCUGAAGUCGACGCUGAAGUUGCCCAGAAAAAAGCUAAAGGUCAAGUUGAGGGAGAAGUGGAAAGUAGC